AAAAGAGAUUUCUUUGUUAAAGGCUCAAUAGAGGUCCAUAAAUUGAGACUUAUAUAAAUGUCACUAGUACAUACCCAAAGUCCGCCAUAGAAAAACAAAAAAAGAAUCAUCAACAUAGAGAAAAGAAAGGCAAGGGGAGAAAAAGAUGGUUGUGCAGGAAGAAAAUAUCAGAAAAGGGCCAUGGACAGAACAAGAAGAUUUCCAACUUGGGUGCUUUGUAGGCUUAUUUGGUGAUCGGCGAUGGGAUUUCAUCGCCAAAGUAUCAGGUUUGAAAAGAACCGGCAAAAGUUGCCGUCUCCGUUGGGUUAAUUAUCUCCACCCUGGUCUUAAGCGUGGUAAAAUGACUCCUCACGAGGAGCGUCUCGUUCUCGAGCUCCACUCUAAGUGGGGAAACAGAUGGUCAAGAAUUGCUAGGAAGCUUCCUGGUCGAACGGAUAACGAAAUAAAGAAUUUUUGGCGAACCCACAUGAGAAAAGUGGCGCAGGAGAAGAAGAAGAAAGACAUGGUCAUCGUGUCUCCAUCGUCUUCAUCGACUAUUGACUCAGUCCCGACAACAAUUGAGAUCGGAGAAGAAAGCUUCUACGACACUGGGGGGAAUCCAUUGGGGAAACACAAGGAGGAAGAGGAUGAUCAAAAGGGUUAUUGUUAUACCAUGGAUGAUAUUUGGAGAGACAUUGAUAAUCAAAGUACUAAUGUUAUGAAGCCAAUUUGUGAUGAACAGUUCUACGGCAACUUCAGCUCCGGUGUGGUGGUAUCGCCGCUGUGGGAGUACGGUCAGUACUCGCCGUGGAAGGUGGCUGAGGAAGACAACAAGCUAUAUGGAGGGAUGAAUGUUUAUGACCAUGGAGAGGCUGUUGUUUUAAUAACUUAAAACUAAAGGAUUUGAUUCAUUUAAAUUUGUUGAUAGAGAGAGAAAAGGGCUAUAAAAAUAUGCUGUGUUUUGGUAUUGGAGGAUAAGGGAAAGCUCUGACCUGUAUAGCAUUGGAGUUUCCUUUAGACUUUAAUUGUUGCAUCUCAUGCAUCUCUUUACAAUACCCCCACUUUUCUAAACUACUGUUUCUAAGUUUCCGUGUGCUAUCUUUCCAAUUUUUAGAUGAAACACAAAAUUGCCUUUAGCUA